UACCACCCUCCCGCGUCCCACCUUCCCGGGUACCACCCUCCCGCGUCCCACCUUCCCGGGUACCACCCUCCCGCGUCCCACCUUCCCGGGUACCACCCUCCCGCGUCCCACCUUCCCGGGUACCACCCUCCCGCGUCCCACCUUCCCGGGUACCACCCUCCCGCGUCCCACCUUCCCGGGUACCACCCUCCCGCGUCCCACCUUCCCGGGUCCCACCCUCCCGCGUCCCACCUUCCCGGGUACCACCCUCCCGCGUCCCACCUUCCCGGGUCCCACCCUCCCGCGUCCCACCUUCCCGGGUACCACCCUCCCGCGUCCCACCUUCCCGGGUACCACCCUCCCGCGUCCCACCUUCCCGGGUACCACCCUCCCGCGUCCCACCUUCCCGGGUACCACCCUCCCGCGUCCCACCUUCCCGGGUCCCACCCUCCCGCGUCCCACCUUCCCGGGUACCACCCUCCCGCGUCCCACCUUCCCGGGUCCCACCCUCCCGCGUCCCACCUUCCCGGGUCCCACCCUCCCGCGUCCCACCUUCCCGGGUCCCACCCUCCCGCGUCCCACCUUCCCGGGUACCACCCUCCCGCGUCCCACCUUCCCGGGUCCCACCCUCCCGCUGUUGAUCCAGCCUCUGUCUCCCAAGCCAACCACCCUUCUUCCAACCAUCCUACCGCCACCCACCAACCCGUCACCCACCCUCCCGCCAACAACUCUCCUGCCAACCACCCGCCCUCCAACCACCCUCGCACCAGCCACCCGCCCGCCAACCACUCAUCUUCUCUCAUAAAAUCAUCUGCCUCCCCCGCUGCUGUGGUGCCACCUUCUCUGCUCGCACCACUGCAAAGACCUGCCACAACCCCCGCUGUAGCACCAGCAGCAGCACUACCAGGUGUCGCCCUCCCAGUGGCCAUUCUGCUAAGACUAACCCAGCAGCAGCAGCAGCCGCAUCAGCAGCAGCAGCAGCAGCAGCAAGAGCUAUGGCGGUACUUAGAGCAGCAUUUGGGGCGGAAGUUAGGGCAGAAGUUGGUGCAACAACUGCAGGAUCAGUUGGGGCAGCAUCACGGUCAGCAGGUAGAGGCACAGGCAGUUCAGCAGCAGGCAAAGCAGCACGUGGCAGGACAACCACAGCAGCUGUCAGGUGCUUCUGAUUUUUCUCACGACGAGACUCAGCAGUCAACUCAGCCGACACAGGUAUCCCAGCAGCAGCAGCAGCAGCAGCAGCAGCAGCAGCAGCAGCAGCAGCAGCAGCAGCAGCAGCAGCAGCAGCAGCAGCAGCAGCAGCAGCAGCAGCAGCAGCACAGCAGCAGCAGCAGCAGCAAGAGCUAUGGCGCCCGGCCGCAGCAAGCGUUAUCGCAGCAGCUAGAGCAGCAGUUGGUGCAGCAAUUAGGGCAGAAUUUGGCGCAGCAGUUGGGGCAGCAUCUUGGUCAGCAGUUGGACGCACAGCAGCCCGUGGCAAGGCCACCACAACAGCCGUCAGGCGCUUCUGAGCUGCCCCCGGGUGUGAUUCAGCAGUCAACCCGGCAAACACAGCAAAGCCGGCAGCAGCAAGAGCUGUGGCAGCAGUUGGAGCAGCAAUUGAGGAAACGGUUGGGACAGAAUCUGGGGCAGCAGCUACGAAUUACCGAGCAGAAGCAGGCAGAGUAG